AUGGCUUCAAAAAAGAUAAAUAUUAGUGGCGCUGAUAAAAAGCAACCAAAUAUAAACAAAAACAGUGUAGUUUUAAUAAAAAAAAAGAAUAUUGGUGCUCUUGUAAUAUAAAAAUAAAAUCAAAAUGAUGAAAUAUUGAAAAUAGAAGACCUUAUACAAGAAAUCGAGCAAAAAAACUUAAAUGAUGAAUAAAAUAAUCAAAAAUAAAAAAAUCUUAUAACAAAUGCGACGAGUUCUUCAAAAAAUUAAAAAAGACCAAUAACAAAUAAUUCGCCUAAAAAAGAUUCUGAAACCGAAUCUACUUAUGAUCCUGAUUAAAUACCUGCAGACUUUAAAUAAGCAAAAUAACAUAGCCAGAAGAGUAGAAAAUAUAAGACUUAGUUUAUGGUGCGAUUUAACUUAAUUAUCAUUUUAGGUAGUGGUUUUCCUUUAUUUUUUACUUAUAUAAAAUUUUGUUUGAUGUUUUUAAUUAUUUUGUUUGGCGUAAGUGGAAUAUUUAACACAGUAACAAAUGGAACUAUUGGCUAAUAUUGUGAAUAAUAAAAAUUAAAAGUUGACUAAGAUUAAUGUGAUUCAAAUAAUUGGAUUACAAAAUAUUCAUUAGGAAAUAAAAGAAAUGAAAAUUAAUUAAUGGAUAUAUAAAGCGCUUUGAAUUUAUUUUCAAUAUUUAUAAUAAUAAUUCUUUUAUAAUAUUUUCGAUAUGUUCAAAGAAAAACAGAUGUAGAAUGUGAUGUUGCGGAUAUUUCUGUAAAUGAUUAUACAAUUAUGAUAAAUAAUAUCCCAAAAAAAAUUGAAAAUGCAUUGAAUGAUGAUUAUGACGAUGAUUUAAAAGAUUUUUUGGAAAAAAAUGCAUUUCCAGGAGGAAAAAAGCUAAAUAUUGUAAAAGUUAAUUUAUGUUAUGAUUUGGAUGAAUUGAAGACUUUGCAUAAAUAUAAGAGAUAAAAAAUUCUGAAAAAAUAAAAAUUAUUAUCUUAUUUUUAUAAUAAAGGAUAAUAUCCUCAAGGUAUGUCAUUAGAAAAAGUAAAUUAAGAAGUUUAUAUUGCUGAUAAAAAUAAAGAAACUUUAGAAGCUAAAUUUGCAGAUGGAAAGGGAAAAUAAUUUAUGGAAAAAUACUUUAGUGGAUGGGCUUUUGUAAGUUUAUAAACAGAAUAAGAAAAGGAAGAAAUUAUAGAUUUAUAUGAUUGUAGUUUUAUUUAAAUGAAAAUAAAAGGAGUUAAACCUUUAGUUUAUCAUGGGAAUUAGCUUGUAAUUAAAUAAGCUCCUUAACCUACUGAUAUUUUUUGGGAAAAUUUAAAACUGUCAGAUAAACAAAGAUCAUAAAGAAAUCUUUUAGGAACUUUGUUUUCACUUUUAGUUUUAGGAGCUUGUUUUGGAUUACUUUAUGGACUUAUUACAGCUUAAAAAUCUUUAAAUACUAGUUCUAAUAAUGAUAAUUAAACAAUCGUUUAAAUAGUUGGUAUUGCUAUUUCUGUAGUAAUUAGUAUUUUUAAUGAAGUUUUGAAGAUUAUUUUAGUUGAAGUUGCUAAAAAAGAAGGGCAUAUUACUAUUACUAAAUUUAAUAUUAGUUAAGCUAAAAAAAUAUCAAUAGCUUAGUUUUGUAAUACUUCUUUAAUUACUUUUUUAGUUGAAAUAGUAAUAACUAAUAAUAAUAAAUCAAAAUUCUUGAAAAUAUUUGGAAAUGGUGGGUUAGCAUAAAAUUAAAAUUAUGUUUUUAUUUCGAAUAUGGUAAUAUCAUUUGUAACUUAAGCUUUAGAUGUUGGAUAUUACGUAAAAAAAUUGAAACGAAAAUUACAAGAAAAAAGGGUUUAAAAUCUAUUUUAACUUAAUCAUAAUUAAAUGAGUUUAAAAAAUAUAAAUUAUUUUUUUAAAUAUUUAAAUUUUAAAAUGCUAAAAGAUUAUAUGAGGAUCCGAUAUAUCCUAUAGAAAUUAGAUAUUGUACAUUAAUAAAUACGAUGUAUAUGA